AGAGACCCGCCUGCGCGGGGCCUUUUUCGGGCAACUCUGUGGUGGAGGUGGCUGCGAAAUGCAGCUUAUGUGAAUGCUUUCUCUCCGGAAGAGUGGUGAGGUGGAGUCGGCGCCUUCAGUAAACGUUUAUAUUUUGCAUUCAGGGAUUAGUCCGGCUAAACGUAACAUGUUUCAGAAAAGAGCGUCGUUGAGAUUUGUGAAAUACUGCCUGUUGUGUGUCAGUUGUAUCCUAGGCGUGCAGUCAGGGCUUAUCAAAGAUGAUUCUGUGAGUUUAUUUUAAAUGAUAGCUGAAACACCAACUUAUUUAUAAGUCUGGUAUGAAGUGCAGGAAGAUUUGUGAUGGAUGUAGGAAAGUGGCCAAUAUUUACAUUGCUUUCACCUCAAGAAAUAGCAACUAUCCGGAAAGCGUGUGUGUUUGGAACGUCUGCCAAUGAAGCUAUAUACAUAACUCACAAUGAUGAGGUUUUUGUUUUUGGACUAAAUUGUAGUAAUUGUCUGGGAACUGGAGAUAACCAAAGUACCAUUGUACCAAAGAAACUUGAAACGUUAUGUGGAAAGAGGAUUCAUAGUCUCAGUUAUGGAAGUGGGCCACAUGUGGUUCUCAGUACAGAAGAUGGUGAAGUUUAUGCCUGGGGACACAAUGGAUACAGUCAACUGGGGAACGGGACCACCAACCAAGGUGUCACACCCAUUCAAGUCUGUACCAAUUUGCUAAUUAAGAAAGUAACUGAAGUAGCUUGUGGCUCACAUCAUUCUAUGGCACUGUCAUCUGAUGGAGAUGUCUAUGCCUGGGGCUAUAACAACUGUGGACAAGUUGGGUCAGGAUCAACAGCGAAUCAGCCAACUCCUCGCAAAGUUUCAAAUUGUUUACAGACUAAAGUGGUGGUCAGCAUUGCUUGUGGCCAGACCUCCUCUAUAGCUAUAGUAGACAAUGGUGAGGUAUAUGGCUGGGGUUAUAACGGCAAUGGGCAACUAGGUUUGGGAAAUAAUGGUAACCAAUUGACACCAUGCCGAGUAGCAGCACUUCAAGGUGUAUGUGUAAUGCAGAUUGCCUGUGGCUAUGCGCACACGCUAGCACUAACAGAUGAGGGGUUACUGUAUGCCUGGGGAGCUAACACUUAUGGGCAGCUGGGGACUGGCAACAAAAGCAACCAGCUAAGCCCAGUGCAGAUCCUGAUGGAGAAGGAGAGAAUUGUAGAGAUUGCCGCUUGCCACUCCACUCACACUUCUGCUGCCAAGACACAGAGUGGCCUGGUGUAUAUGUGGGGUCAGUGCCGGGGGCAGUCAGUGGUGCACCCCCAUGUUACCCACUUUUCUUGCACCGAUGAUGUGUUUGCUUGCUUUUCUACUCCAGCUGUGAUGUGGCGUCUUCUCUCAGUAGAGCAUGAGGACUUCUUAACAGUGACAGAGUCCCUGAAGAGAGAAUUUGACAGUCCUGAAACAUCGGAUCUAAAAUUUAGAGUAGAUGGAAAAUUCAUUUAUGUACAUAAAGCUGUCUUGAAAAUCAGAUGUGAACACUUCCGUACAAUGUUCCAAUCAUACUGGAAUGAAGACAUGAAGGAGGUGAUAGAAAUAGACCAGUUUUCCUAUCCAGUAUACCGUGCUUUUCUUGAGUACCUGUACACGGACAACGUUGAUCUUCCUCCUGAAGAUGCUAUAGGGCUUCUGGAUUUGGCUACAUCAUACUGUGAAAACAGAUUGAAAAAACUAUGUCAACAUCUUAUCAAAAGAGGGAUCACGGUGGAGAAUGCCUUCUCAUUGCUCUCUGCAGCAGUGCGCUAUGAUGCAGAGGAUUUAGAAGAAUUCUGCUUUAAGUUUUGUGUCAAUCACUUGACUGAAGUCACUCAAACUGCAGCUUUUUGGCAAAUGGAUGGUUCUCUGCUAAAGGAAUUCAUUGCUAAAGCCAGUAAAUAUGGAGCAUUUAAGAACUGAAAGAUGUACAAGUCUGUUGGAAUGGCGCCACUACAACUGGUGUGAUUUCAUGUGCUUCUCUCCAGUUCUUGCCAAUGAAGAGAACUGACAAGAACAUGUUGCAUAAAGGCACUUGUCCUGCAGCUAGGCUCUCAGGUGAUCUCCACAUCAAGCAGUAUGUAUUUUGUUUGGCUUUUGUUGCUCUAGAUAUGCUUCUAUGGUUUUAAACACCUUUGAGGAGGAAAUAAAAUUAUAGGAGGAACAAAAAUGGGAGAGUAGGAAUAUAAAAAAUAGUAUUUUUUUUGGUGCUGUUGUUCGGUUUUCCCAAUAAUGGUCUGUUAAUUUAUUUGGCUUGAUUUAUUUUCAAGCAGUAUUAAGAUAGCUGGCACCAAGAUGCUUCACUGCACAAUUAAGUGUAAAUGAAAGAAAAAACACCAGUAUUUUUCCUUAAUUUCUGUUUGCAUAUUAAUGAAGUUUCCAUGAUCUCUCAGUACCCAAAGGCUUCAACUGCCUUGUGAAAUGAUAAAUAAAAUAUAUUUGAGUCUAUAUAACUUUUGAAGACUCAAAGAUUAUUAGUGUUUACUAAUGUAAUUGGGAUUAUGUUACUGUUUCCACAUCUCUUUUAACACUGAAUCUAUCAAAUUUAUGUGAAAAAGAACAUUGUCCUGAGGGCCCUAAUGUUGUUAAAAGCAGGUGACUGCAGGAAAAUGCAUUGAAAUUCUGUAUAUAUAAUAAACUUGUUUGCAAAUUAUAUGUUUUUAUUUUAUACAUUAAAAUUACGUUAACAAUUA